AUGAGUGCUGAGCCGCCGUCGACGUCUACUGGAAAACAAAAAGGUAAGUGAUUCACGCCCACGCAUUCCAAUUAUUUCGCCGUUUUCAGAAGAAGCCGCCACAAACGAAGAACAACUGAUCGAUCCGUUCAUCGAUUUCGAAUGCCACGUGUGCCAUCUCACCGAGAAGUGCCGUUUCGGAGAUCUGAAUGUCGUCGACGGACGGUACCAUCCGAAUUCCUUUUAUCGAUUGAAUCCUUCCCUUCUUCAGCUACGAAUCGCCCGUUUACUUCAUGAGAGACCCCUUCAAGCCGCCUUCUAGAGACCGCGCAAAGAAGCCGUGCCUCGACGAUUUCUUGGUUCUUGGAGCCCCGUGCUCCUCGUGUAAUCAACCUGUCUGUAUGUCGGAUUCCUGCUCGUUCUUCUUCGGAGUCAAUUUUUGUGCUCCGUGCGUCAGCAGAGAACGUCGUCGCUUUCCGCCUCAACUCAUUCGAGGGAUAAUCACAAAACACGAAGGGAGCAAAAAAGAGAAAGAGAACAAAUAG